AUGAGCUACUACGGAGGACUGGGCUAUGGCUGUGGAGGCUUCAGUGGCCUGGGCUAUGGCUAUGGCUGUGGAUGCUGUGGAUAUGGCUCUGGGUAUGGAGGCUACGGAUAUGGCUGCUGCCGCCCAUCAUGCUAUGGAGGAUAUGGAUUCUCUGGCUUCUACUGA